AUGUCUUGCUGGCGUGUCUUACAGUUGUCCGAUCAACUGGAUGGCGAAAACGUGCCACAGCUGCUCAUAAAGCCUCGAUUUAGCUCAGACUCCUACACCAUCUUCCUCACUGAUCUCAGCAACAUUUGGAGCGAAGAGCUUGAUUCUGCCGGGCUUGUGGGUCGAGCGUCGGAAGAAGAAUCGCCUAUCGAGGUCAGCAAACAAGAGACCACGCAACUAGCCAUUCUCCUCCAAAAUGUGCAGAAGUCAUUGGCCAACACCGACGACACCACCUGUCGUAUAGUGCGUGCUACCGCUGAUGAUGUCGUUCUUCACACCACUAUCAGCCUUCCCGAACCCCUCGAUUCUCUCAGGUGGAGGUUUCACCUUCGCAAGAGGACUUCCGUUACACUGAAGAACGAGCUCGUCCUACCACUUCUGGUGUCGUCUCAUAUACAGCACGAAAAGAUCAGCAAUCUUGUUGCAACCAUCACCGAGAAAGAUAGAGUGAUAACACGGCUCUUGGAUCAAUACGAAUCGAGCAACCUAGAUCUAGCUGCUGCGUUCCCUAGCAUCAGUGGCCUGAAGUCUGGAAGAAGGCUACUCAAGCGCGAUCAAGCGGCAAGGCACAUUCCGGGUCUCCAACCUUUCCACCAAGACUCCUGGAAAAGGGAAACCGCGGAACUACAUGACACGGAUGUCUCUACUCUCAGCCUGUUCCAGGAAGCAUUGUCCGAAUGCACGCCUAAGGUGCCACCGCGCCUGGAAUCAGAAGAUAGCAGGAACACAUGGUGGACAUCCAUCGCUACCGCGCUGCAUGACCCAAAGCCCACGAUGAAGCCGAAGGCAAACCCCAUCCCAGAGAAGGCAGAGGCCCGUGCAGAACGGAAGGUACCUGCGCCGGAGAGUGACGAUGACGAAACUGAAGACGAAUUCGAGACGCAUGAGAACUUCAAGCUGCGUGAAGCGGCGAAGACAUCGACGCAUGUUCCGGACCCAUUACCAGCCUCAUCAGCAAAGCAGCACGAUCCAAGCGAAGACGAAUCCACAGAGAAUGAUGAUGACGACCUGGAUGCGCCGCCAAAGAGCCAGAGCCAGACCCGUCGUCUGCGAAAAGCAUCGGCAAGGGACCGAACCUCAAUGGCAGACACUUCCAGCCCACCCAGCAAAAGAGCUACUUCGACGCGGUUGGCGUCUCCACCACCUAGUAUGAGGUCUCCGCCAGUACCGAAAGCAAAAGGGAAAGGCUUCAGGAUAGGGGGCAAAGCGAACAAAGGAGCAGCCGAGUCGCCGGCGCUUUCGUCAGAAGAAGCUCAAAAGUCGCCAAUCGACAUCGACGGGGGCGAACAAGGCUCACCAAUCCCGACACGACCGAAGACAGAUGCUGUCGAGGCAAUUACUGAGAGCAAGCCGACGAGGAAGCCUUUCCGGAUUGGAGGCAAGGCCAAGGCAUCUGCAGAGAGCACGCAGGCUGAGCAUGCGACGAAUUCAGCACGAGACAGGAAACCCGACCCCAAGACAACCCGAAGUCCUUCGCCCAAGCGCCCGCUACCUACAGUCAAAGAAUCCGGGAAAGAGAGUACACCACCAGAAGAAGCUCGCGAGGAAACGACGGAAGAAAGGGCGGAGAGAAAGAGACGCGAAUUAAAGCGGAAGAACGAGGAGUCGGCGAAGAGACAGGCACACAGAAAGAAGAGGCGCUUCUAG